AUGGCGAGGACAUGGCUGAGGGGUACAUAUUUGCGCACGGCAUUCAGGGGAGCUCCGGGGCUAAAAACACACACCCCUCAGGGUGAGAAAAUCCAACGGCGAGAUAAGCGAGAACCGGUAAGCCCAGAUCGCUGGGACGCUUAUUUGCCACAAUACCUGUUACGACAUGGGCGUACUGGCAAACACGGAAUGAGAGAUGGUACUUCCUUCACUUGCGCGCUAGUGGAUGCUUCGGCCAUGGUACAAAUAAGCUGCGUCGAUUGGACCACUGCCCAGGCGCCAGCAAGCCACACAGCACCGUACAAGGUUCUGGGCUGCUUGUCUAAUGCCUGCAUUCAGCUUUGCUGCAUGCUUGGAGUCGACGCAACGGAUGAUCAGGACGAGGACGGACACGGAUUGAAAGCCUGCAAUGCCACGAAAGGCAGCAGCCGCGGCAGCAGACAAGAUGACACAAGCGCUUGUCAGGUGAGACAGGAAACUAUCCCCAGUACGACUCUGUAUGCGCUGGGCCCAAGGACCCAGCUGGUGCCCGCGGGCUGUGACACCUGGUUGGACAGAAAAAGCGAGCGCUCAACCAAAAAGCAUAACCAUAUUUACUAUUCGGAUAGUGUGUUAGGUCUAUGUAAUUGUAUCGUACUCGAAAAACAAGCAGUUGUGUUUUUAUGGGCCCUCGCUUCUUCUGCCCCCCCUGGGGGCUGGGGGUGCGAAAACGUGCGGAGCCGUUUCACAACAUAUCCGAGCCACGGGUGGGCCAGUUGGCCGGCAGGUAGAAACAGGGAGCGUCGAGUUGGUGGGCGGCGAAAAGCACCAGGCCAAAGCACCCCCCUGACCCUCGGCCGCUGGAAGAUGGCACCGUUUUUGCGGUCGGGUAACUAG